AUGGCACCGUCUCUGUACGACCGUAUAUGUCGUCGGGAAGCCGGAGGAGGCUCGCCAUCAGCCAAUAUUCGUGGAAUCUACGGUUCGAAGGAAUGGGUCAGCGACCUUGACAUUGUUAACGAGCUUGGAGGUCAUACCGGUUGUGUCAACGCUCUCAGUUGGUCGCGUUCUGGUCGACUUCUCGCGUCGGGCUCGGAUGACUUCCAUUUGAACAUAUACUCCUACCAGCCAGAAUCAUCAACAGCACCAUUCGCCUUGAAUACCAGUCUUUUCACUGGACACACAGGGAAUAUCUUUUCCGUCGCUUUCAUGCCGCAUUCGAAUGACCGAACCCUGGUGACUGCUUCUGGGGACUCUCAGGUACGAGUUUUUGACAUUGAACACUCCAGCCGAAACGGUUCGCACGGCUUUUCGAAUCAAUUCGGGAACCCACGUAUAAAUCAGUUUUUCGGCAAUACUCAAUACCUCGGUGCAGGCAAUACCAACGCGCGAGUAUAUCGAAGCCAUGCAGAUCGCGCCAAGCGCAUAGUGACCGAAUCAUCGCCGCACCUCUUCUUGACGUGCUCCGAGGACGGUGAAGUUCGCCAAUGGGACUUGCGCCAACCUUCAUCGGCGUACCCAAAACCCCGAGGUGGUCUUCUGUACAUGGCACAACGUGAAGGACACGAUGAUUCGAAUGUCCCUCCUCCUCUGAUCUCGUACAAACGGCACAGACUUGAUCUGAAUACCAUAUCAUGCUCCCCAAGUCAGCCGCAUUAUAUUGCACUCGGCGGCGCACACUUGCACUGCUUCCUUCACGACAGACGUAUGCUGGGCCGGGACAUUCCUGGUGAACGGGGUGAUCCUGGUACUUCCCCUGGCAUAGGAAGCAGUCACGAUGAGGAGCUGAUGGGUCAGGCAACGCGGUGUGUCCGAAGAUUUGCGCCAAACGGCAAGAAACGGACCAAGUCUCGAUAUAAGGGCCACAUUACGGCGUGUAAAAUCAGUAAUGCCAACCCCAAUGAGAUGAUUGUGAGCUGGUCUGGCGACCACAUAUACAGCUUCGACUUGGUCCGGAGUCCAGAUGCACUAGACGCACAGGAACAGAAAUCGCCUGUUCAAGACAAAGGCGGCUCACGUAAGAGGCAGAGCUCCAAGGACAGGAAGCGUAAGCGCCAAAAUCGGACCUCCCAGUCUUCCCAGUCCAGCGGCGGUAGACGGAAAUCCCGACAAGCUGAAGAAUCCCACGACGACGGAGAACUUGCAUUCCGAGUCCGGUAUGGCAACGGCGAAACAGAAAACAUCCCGUUCCCUUCGUUGUUACACGAAGGUUCCACUGCGCCAGGGCUAAAUUCAGCAGAAGCGAUGGAACAGGCAAGAUAUGCCGUGCUUAAUGAAGCACAACGGGAAAGCUUGCGCAUAGCCAAGGGCCUUGUCAAGCUCCGGAAAGCUUUAUUCUCGCUCGAAGCGUCUGCUCGCGAAGAGGCGGGGAUGGCAACCCCAUUUUCUGUCGUGGCCUUCCAUGACUCGUUUUCUUCUGCCCUGAUGUGUGCGCUGACCUUCUUGCCUGAGAUGGAAGAGGUUAUGAGAACGUGGAGGUACCCAAUCAACCCGACUCCAGAAAUUGUGCGCAUUCAGCAGACUCUGCGCCGUAACCGAGAAUCGGCAUAUAGGUUCGUGCAAGCCGCUGGCACGCUUGCGCGGGCUUUGGAUGGGGAUGUGCAAGACUAUGGGGUCGACGAUGAUGUUCUGGAAAAGUUUCAGCCAAUAGGGCCCGCCCCGGGGGAGGACAACAUCAUCAAUCGAAGAGAGCAGUUUGGAUAUGACUUUCUGAAAGCUUUGGUUCUGUAUGUCGAGGGCGGUCGGAGCGCUGUUCUCGCUGGCUUCAAGCGCAGCCCGACCCAUGGUCGCAACCGAGACAGGUUUCCCAUACCAGAGUAUGCUGACGAAGGUGCUCUUGAAGCGGUGUUGAUUCCGUAUCUGCGCCUGCUCGCAGACGAUACUCCUGUGGUGAAUGUUGAUAGUUCCAGAUUUGAGCAUGACUCGACUCGGAUACUCUUCCUCUCGCAACAUGCAGCGGUGACUGCCUUUGGGAAUGCGCUUAGAAGCUCGGCGUCGACUAGAGUUGAGAAUGGUGAUCGGCCUAGUCCCAGAUCCACCGACCCGGGAACCUUAGCACACUUCUGGCUCUUGGAGGUAGGCCGCGGCGUAUUAAUGGAUGCGGGGACGGGUGUAAACUUUGAGUUUGUCAACCGCGCAUUUGGAGGCCUAAACACGACCGUCGAGGAUGACUCGGACGACGAGAUGGAAGUGGAAAGGUCGCAAGAUGAUAGCGAGGCAAACACUGAAGAGGAAGCUAUCCAAGAUAUCAGCCUCGCCAUCAACCGGGGCUCCAGCCGCCAACGCCAUCCCACCUUCGCAGUCGGAGAGGACAUAGGUUUGCAAACACCUGAGAGUAUUGACUCGACGAGCGAUAACGAGAACGACGGCGGCAACCUCGAUGACGACUCUGAGGAAGAGGAAGAGGAUGAAGAGGACGAGGAAGAGGACGAGGUUGUCGGGCUUUAUGAUGACGAUUCGGAAUCGGAUGCUGCGGAGCGCUUGUUUCAAAGUUAUGGUUUUGAACGGAAUAAAAGGGAGGACGUGGAGACCGACGUCCCAUGCUCGUCGCAUACCAGGGUCUAUCGCGGACAUUGCAAUGUCAAGACGGUCAAGGAUGCCAAUUUCUUUGGGCUAAACGACGAGUAUGUGGUGAGCGGGAGCGACUCGGGCCAUCUGUUCAUCUGGGAGCGAGACACCUGCAAGCUAGUUAAUAUCCUCAAGGGUGAUGAUGAGGUGGUUAACGUCGUGCAAGGUAGGUUAGCUAGCUUAUGUGGUUUAGGCAUAUAUCUAAUAGGGUUGCGACUGCAGGGCAUCCUUAUGAGCCGACUAUUGCGGCUUCCGGUAUCGACGACACGAUCAAAAUCUUUUCUCCAGACCAGCGUGCCCAAGAGGAUGCGCGUCGGGGUGUCAAUAUCCUAG